AUGGGUGCGUCCAGUCAAGCUCUUCUGCUGGUGCCCCUCUUGCUGGGGCUUCUGAGCAAGCCCCUCACAGGGAGCAAAGUCACCUCUUUUCUUCGUGCUAACUCACCAGUGUGUGGACGCCCCUCCCAAGGCAGAAGCCGAAUUGUCUCAGGACAGGAUGCCCAGCUGGGGCAGUGGCCUUGGCAAGUCAGUCUUCAGGAGAAUGGAGAACACAUAUGUGGUGGCUCACUCAUUUCUCCAGAUUGGGUGCUAACAGCUGCCCACUGUAUCGAUACGUCCCUGGCUCCCUCAGAUUAUUCGGUAUUACUGGGCUCACUCUACUCGUACCUAGGAAGUGAUGAUGCCAAUGCACAGAUUCAAGGUGUGGUCCAGGUCCAACGACACCCCAACUACCAAAACGAAUUUGGACUUGGAGACAUUGCUUUGGUUCAAAUGGACUCAUCGGUCAACUUCAACGACCUCAUGCUCCCCAUCUGCCUCCCAGACACUGCAGACCGACUAGUGGAAGGGACUCUGUGCUGGGUGACUGGCUGGGGACAGACUGGGGAAAACCAAUACCUCCUUCCACCUUUUACCCUACAAGAAUUGGAGGUGCCCCUCAUCAGCACCGAAGUCUGUGAUGACUACUACCACCAAGAAUCAGAGGCCUCUGCCUCUGAGCCCAUCAUCCUGUCUGAUAUGAUUUGUGCUGGCUUCCCUGAGGGCCAGAAGGAUUCCUGCCUGGGUGAUUCUGGAGGACCACUGGUUUGCAGUAUCGACGGAGUCUGGUUCCAAGCCGGCAUUGUAAGCUGGGGAGAGGGCUGUGCUCGUCCCAAUAGGCCUGGAGUCUACACCAAUGUCAAUGUCUACAAAAGCUGGAUCCUAGAUCUAGUUCCAGAAGCUGAGAUCUUUGAUGCUGCUGAAUCCACCAGGUUGUUCCUCCCUCUUCUGCUGCUACCAGCUCUAACUUUAUUGGGGAAGCCCUCUCUUGCCUUGGAGAUGUGCUAA